AUGGCCUCGGAGGACUCGGAGCCGCAGCGGGUGCUGUCAGGAGAGUCGCUGGAGAGCUGGGACAUGAAGCGGCACGCGUCCAGCGCCUUCAAGCAGCAGCGGCUGCCCGCCUGGAGCCCCGUGCUGUCGCCGGCCACCGUGCUGCCCGUCUUCCUCGUCACCGGCGCCUUCCUCAUACCCGCCGGCGUCGCGCUGCUCUUCCUCAGCGAGACGGUUGGAGAGCACCGGAUAGCCUACACCUACUGUCCUCAGUACUUUCAAGAAAACAGGACUUUCGGCGAGAGGAACUGUGCUGUAGUAAUAGCAGAAACCAACGAGACUUGCCACUGCGCUUAUAACUUCAGCCUGAAACGAUCAUACAGAGGGGAGGCGACUACUGGCAGGUCAGUGACGGAGAGCUGGGCGCGGCGGCGGCCGGAGGAUGCGGUGGCGGCGUCGGCGGCCGUGCGUUCGAGCCGCGGACCCCACCCGGGCGUCUUUCCUCCCGUAUUCAUCUACUACCAGCUGAGUAACUACUACCAGAACCACCGGCGCUACGUGAACUCGCGUGACGACUACCAGCUGCGGGGAAAACUCUACGACCGCGUCUCCAGCUACUGUGCGCCCUACGACUACGACGAUGAGGGCCGACCUAUAGACACUGUGUGA